AUGGAUAAUCUAUUUAAUAUAGAUGUUAGUUCUAUAUUUGAACAAUACACCAUAAAAGAAAUAGAAGCUUUAAAUUUGAAGAUUCAGCAUGAAGUUGAUGGAAAAAAGGAAGAAUUGAGAAAUAUGGUUGGUGAAAGAUAUAGAGAUCUUAUACAAGCAGCAGAUACAAUAACAGAGAUGAAAUUUACUUCAGAAAAAAUCGAAAACGUCAUCAGCAAAAAUGAAAUAAUGAACUGGAAAAGCAACAACAGAGAACAAGAAAUCAUUAAGGAACAGUGUUUUAAUGACGAGGUCUUUGAAGUAACAAAACAGAUUAAAAUCUUAAUCAACUUAAAUGAAUUAAUAUCAACUUCAAUUGACGAAUGCAAUUUUUUGACAGCAACACAGCUAUUCUUACUAUCAAGACAUUUAAAUGCAAGUUUAAAGCUCGAUAGUAAUAGUGAUGUCAUUAGAAAAUUUCCUGUUGCAAGAAAAGUAUGGGAUCUAUUAUCACCAUUUUACAGUUCCAUUAAAUCUCAUUGUCUUAAAGCAUUAGAAGAUCAGAAUAUCGAUCUUGAAAAGACUGUUGAUUGUCUUGGAAGUUUAAUUUUGCUAGAAAAUGGGCAAUUCACAUCAUCGCUAAGUACUUUCGUUCAAAUAAGAGUUAAAACUUUCCUGAAAAUUUUAACCGAUUCUGAUAAAAGUUAUGAACUUGUCAAGGAUAAACUAAUUACAAGUGUUAUGGAAUUAGUCAAUUCAACAAAAAUUGUUUAUGAAGCAUUUGUGAAUUACAACGGAAGUGAUGGUUUAUUAAUUCAAAAAUUAACAUCGCUCAAUUCUGAAAAUGUUUCAUUACCGUCUAGCUUGAUAGCAAAAAAUCCAUUCCUUGCCAGCAUAAAAUUAGUGAACAAAUUUAAGUCACGUUGUAAUCCCGGAUUACUUGAUAAAGAAUUAGUAAGGAAUGCAAUGGCUCAAUGGAUGAAUUCUGUUGAAUCAAUUGCACAAAAUCAAUUAAAAGACGUAGUCAAGUAUAUAGUAUCGAUUGACAUUAUUCGGGAAAUGGAGAAUCAGGUGCAGAAUAUUACAAAACCUCCCAACUGGUCUGAUAUGAGUGAAUCAUUAUUUGGAAUGGAACAUUUAGAUUUCUAUGAAAAACUCUAUCAACCUUUAAUUCUAGAACGUAUUUAUAGCAUAAUCAAUAUUUCAUGGGAUAAUAUCCAAAAUAAUUUCAAGAAUGAAAUUGAAAAAUUAACAGUAAUAAUCAAUGAUCGAGUGCAUAGAGAUAUGAAGCAUUAUGUUUGGAUAAAUGAUGAUUCAGACAAUCCGCAAAGUUUAAAGGAUGCAUUGAAUGUUGAGCAAAAGACACAUAAUUUGUUGAUGAAAGUGAAUGGAUAUAAUAAGCACAUUGUUGAAAUAUGCUCCAAACUAGACAUGAAUUUGAAGAAGUUGAUCGAUGAUUUAAAAAAUUACAUUUUGGCAAAAAUUUACGUACAAAAAGCUUUGAGAAUGAAGGAAUGCCAAGUACCAAAUCAGGAAAAAAUGUUACUUUAUUUAAAAGAUUCUAGUAAAGAUAAUAUAUCUGCAUUAAUAAAGUACAUUAAAUCAUCAGUUCUGUUGAAUGAUACAGAAAAUUGUCAUUUACUAGCACGAUUACUUCAGGCUAUCAGCGAGAUGUGUCCGAAUCUGAAACACUGUUUUUCUAAUAAUUUAUUGACUGAACACAGAGUUUACUACACAGAAAGUUCAUUAAGUUCACAAGAUUCGGAUCAUUGGAAAGAAGUUUCUGAUAUGCUGACUAAUGACAGUAUUCAACUAUGGAAAGUCUGGCUACAUGGAUUCAUAGCUCAAUGGAAUGAAUUGAAAUUUGAGAACGAAUUGACAGCUUAUGCAUUAUUAAAAGAAUUUCCAACAUGGAGAUGCCUUACUAUCAAUGAAAAAGGCGAAAACAAUCAAAAUAUUGAAUCGAAAAUAUUCAUUCCCCAACAGCUAUCAAUUGGAACACAAUGCUGGAUAUUCAAUAUCAUCAGUUGUUUGAAUAAGAUCAUUCCACAUACUUUACCUAAACAAAUUCAUUUGGAAAUCGUUGAAGAAUUCAACAUUAAGCUAUUCAACUAUUAUAGUUCACUCUGUCAGCAAAAAGAAUUGAUAUCAAAUCAAAAGAUUGCAUGGCAAAUUCUAUUUGACUUGAAAGUUUUAAUUGGACUUUUUGCCGUGAGAGAAAAUAAGUCGAAAAAUGAUGAAUUUCAAGAAUUGAUUAAUGAAUGCAAGACCAUAAUUGAUCCUUUUGAUUUUGAUGUCUUCUAUCCGCAUAUCAUCAAUAAUAUUAAAGACAAUACAUCAAGAUUGCAGUAUGAACUAGGUUGCAUGAUUCCUUAUUCCAAUUAUAAUUCGUCAGUAUUACAAAGUCAGAAUAUUGUUCAUAUUCAUGAUACAGAGCCAAAUAUAAUUUCAAUGAGUGUGUCACAAGCUGAAAAACGUUGGAUACCACUUUUACCUAUAAUAAAAACGAAAACCUUUCCUUCUGAGCUCAGCAAAGAAAAAAUUAAGCUACAACAACCGCUGCAACCAGUAAAGAAAGCUCUGCCAGUGAGUGCUUCUAGUUCUACGUUAUCAUCCUUGCAAGAAUGGUUUAAAUAA